AUGGACAAACAUAGUAGAAGGAAAAACUACACAAAAAAUUGGCUGAAAAUCCAGAAGGAAGUUCUUCUGGAACUUAAUGAAGAAACGGACGCUAACGAUGUCCUGAAAAUCUGCGAAGAGCAAGAUAACUUUUGCGCCAAAGAAAUUGAGAGAUUUGAUGAAGAUGAUAGCAGCGGAUGUUUAAACGAAGUAGAGAGCGAAGAUAAACCAAAGAAUAAUGAUGAAAACGAGCCGCAGAUGCACCAGAUGUCGUACAAAGUAGAAGACAUUUAUGAUGAAACCGGUGAGUAUAUGAAAUAA